AUGACAACACAAGAAGUUAAUACACAGAACACGCAACAUACACUUCCCCAUACAAGAAACCAAAGGAACAGGUUUGGUUGGGUUCGAAGGUUGAUGCAGGGCCAGAACCGAACCACCUCACAUCACACUUCUGAACCACAAUUACAACCACAACCACAACCACACUCUCAAGUACAGUACCAGUCCCAGUCUCAGUCGCAAUCGCAAUCGCAAUCGCGUCGAACUACUAAUACCUCGACACCGAAUCGUUCUGAACGGAACCGAAGUAAGUUGCAUAAUUCAGAUAAUGGAGCCACUGUUCGAGUGCGCAGGGGAAAUGCAAAUGGAGUAACAACACCUCAUGCGUAUUCUUCGAUAGCUCAGCCAUCCAAGUCAACAAACCCAGCAUAUGACUCCAAUGGGAAUGAUAUUGAUGCUGAAACUGAAACUGAACCUGAACCUGAACCUGAAACUGGCAUUGAAGGUGACAACGAUGCUGAAAUUGAUGGUGAUGUAACUCUUCGAUUCCAAGAAAGUGACAUCAACCACCACACAUCACAGCUCAGCCCCAAUACUGGUCGUAAUGCACAAUUUUUCAGUAAUGACCAUGGAGAUGGUGAAGCAAGAAGGAAAGAAGGGGACGGAGAGCUAGAGGGAGACGGAGAAGAUGAGGAGGAGGAGGAAUUUCCUGCUUCAUUUAUCUCUGAUGACCAAACCACAAAUUUCAGUGAAGACAAUAUCAGCACCAUUCCGUUGAAAUCCAUCAUGUCUAGACAAUCUACUAAGGAUCCCUCAAUAUUAAGUAACAAUGAUGGUGCAAACAAGUAUGAGAGUAAUAGAAACUACGAUCAAGCGUCAAGAUCAAGCUUUAAUGCCACUGCAGCCUCGUCUUCUACUGCACAAACAUCGGUGGCACCUUCAGCUCCUGCGUCUAUAAAUUACAAUUUGAACCAACAUUUACAACCAUUACCAUCAUUACCUCCACAAUCUCCGCAGCAACAACAACAACACCAGCAGCAGCAACCACCAGCACCACCACAGGGGACAAUCACUUUUAUCACAACACCAGAAACUUCCACAUCAACUCCUACUCCGACAAAUACAACACAUGCCACAGAACGAGACAAUGAAUCGGUUGUGACAUUGGCUAGCUCUUCUCGUCGCUUGCGUAGACGAAGCAUUGAUACAAAUUGUAGUACUGCGGGUAUUCCACCUGCAUCUAUCAUGGAGAGGUUGGGCACUGGUGUAGGUACCACAGGAGCUGCAAGUUAUGCAACUAGUUUAAAAAGUGGCAAGAGCGGCAAGAGUGGUAAAAGUGGAAAGAGUGGGAAAAGUGGGAAAAGUGGCAAAAGUGGUAAAAGUGGCAAGAAUCGCCAGGAAUACGGAGAAAGAAGUAGUUUGUACUUGGACAGAUACGACGAUGAUGACGUUGACGAUGAUGGCAAUCUGGAAGAGAGCAAUGAUGACCUGGACCAAGAAUCUAUAAAUGAGGCUGUUGAGUAUAAAUUUGAGAAACAACAACCAAAAGGGAAUGUUCAGGGUGAUGUCCAGGAUGAUGUCCAGGGUGAUGAUGUCAAAGUUGCUGUUCCUUUAGAUCUGUUGGUAGAUCAUUGA